AUGGAUUUCACUAGACCAGAAACAGUUUUAAAUCUACAAAAUAUUAGAAAUGAAUUAGUGAGAAUGGAAGAUACAAUUAUCUUCAAAUUCAUCGAAAGAUCACAUUUUGCAACGUGUCCUUCAGUCUACAAAGAACAACAUCCAGGUUUAACAAUACCAAACUUUGAAGGCUCCUUCUUGGAUUGGGCCCUUUUGAAUCUUGAAAUUACACAAUCUCGGAUAAGAAGAUUCGAAUCGCCUGAUGAAACACCCUUUUUCCCUGACAAAAUUCAGAAAUCAUUCUUACCAAGCGUUAAUUACCCACAAAUUUUGGCACCUUAUGCUCCAGAAGUCAAUUAUAACGAUAAAAUCAAAGAUGUUUACAUUGAAAAAAUUAUUCCAUUAAUUUCGAGGAAGGAUGGUGAUGAUAGUAAUAAUUUUGGUUCCGUCGCCACUAGCGACAUCGAGUGCCUUCAAAGUUUGAGUAGAAGAAUCCAUUUUGGAAAAUUUGUUGCCGAAGCCAAGUUUCAAUCGGACAUUCCCCUAUACACGAAAUUAAUCAAAGACAAAGAUGUUGAAAGGAUAAUGGAAAAUAUCACCAAUUCUGCUGUUGAAGAAAAAAUUCUAGAAAGACUAACCAAAAAGGCUGAAGUUUACGGUGUGGACCCCACUAACAAAAAAGGUGAGAGAAGAAUUACACCUGAAUAUUUAGUGAAGAUUUACAAAGAAAUCGUUAUUCCCAUUACAAAAGAAGUAGAGGUGGAAUACCUGUUGAGGAGAUUGGAAGAUUAG